CCGGGGCGCGCGUGAAGCCUCGGAGUCGGUGCGCCGGCCGCCACCCAAGGGACCACUCUCUUUUUGGAGUUCCCUGCGAGCUCGUCGCCUGCUGCGUCCGGACCCACUCCCGGAUCGCCGAGGACCCUUGCCAUUCAAGUGACUGUGGUGGCAGCAGCAGUGAGCCCAGCCGCAGAAGCGCCCUGGCUCCUGAGCCCCCCAGUGGGCUGAAGGCUUGCAGGCAGCACAUGCUCCCAGAGGACGUGUGCAGAUGGGAUUACCGUCCACAUGGAGAUAUGGAAGAGGACCUGGGAUUGGCACCGUGACCAUGGUCAGCUGGGGACGCUUCAUCUGCCUGGUCGUGGUCACAAUGGCAACCGUAUCCCUGGCCCGGCCCUCCUUCAGUUUAGUUGAGGAUACCACGUUAGAGCCAGAAGAGCUACCAACCAAAUACCAAAUCUCCCAACCAGAAGCGUACGUGGCCGCGCCCGGGGAGUCGCUAGAGUUGCGCUGCUUGUUGAAAGAUGCUGCUGUGAUCAGUUGGACUAAGGAUGGGGUGCACUUGGGGCCGAACAAUAGGACAGUGCUUAUUGGGGAGUACUUGCAGAUAAAAGGUGCCACACCUAGAGACUCCGGCCUCUAUGCUUGUUCUGCUGCUAGGACGGUAGACAGUGAAACUUGGUACUUCAUGGUCAAUGUCACAGAUGCCAUCUCAUCUGGGGAUGAUGAGGACGACACAGAUGGCUCCGAAGAUUUUGUCAGUGAGAGCAGUAACAAGAGAGCGCCAUAUUGGACCAACACAGAAAAGAUGGAGAAGCGCCUGCAUGCUGUGCCCGCCGCCAACACUGUGAAGUUCCGCUGUCCAGCUGGGGGGAAUCCAACACCCACGAUGAGGUGGCUAAAAAACGGGAAGGAAUUUAAGCAGGAACAUCGCAUUGGAGGCUAUAAGGUACGAAACCAGCACUGGAGCCUAAUUAUGGAAAGUGUGGUCCCAUCUGACAAGGGCAAUUACACCUGUGUGGUGGAGAAUGAAUACGGGUCCAUCAACCACACAUACCACCUUGACGUUGUUGAGCGAUCACCACACCGGCCCAUCCUCCAAGCUGGACUGCCUGCAAAUGCCUCCACGGUGGUUGGAGGCGACGUGGAGUUCGUCUGCAAAGUUUAUAGCGAUGCCCAGCCCCACAUCCAGUGGAUCAAACAUGUUGAAAAGAACGGCAGUAAAUAUGGGCCUGAUGGGCUGCCCUACCUCAAGGUCCUGAAGCACUCGGGGAUAAAUAGUUCCAAUGCAGAAGUGCUGGCUCUGUUCAAUGUCACUGAGGCGGACGCUGGGGAGUAUGUAUGUAAGGUCUCCAAUUAUAUAGGGCAGGCCAACCAGUCUGCCUGGCUCACUGUCCUGCCCAAACAGCAAGCACCUGUGAGAGAAAAGGAAAUCACAGCUUCCCCAGAUUACCUGGAGAUAGCCAUUUACUGCAUAGGGGUCUUCUUAAUUGCCUGUAUGGUGGUGACAGUCAUCCUGUGCCGAAUGAAGACCACCACCAAGAAGCCGGAUUUCAGCAGCCAGCCGGCUGUGCACAAGCUGACCAAGCGCAUCCCCCUGCGGAGACAGGUAACAGUUUCGGCCGAGUCCAGCUCCUCCAUGAACUCCAACACCCCACUGGUGAGGAUAACGACUCGCCUGUCCUCGACGGCAGACACCCCAAUGCUGGCAGGUGUCUCUGAGUAUGAGCUGCCAGAGGAUCCGAAAUGGGAGUUCCCCAGAGAGAAGCUGACGCUGGGCAAACCCCUGGGGGAAGGCUGCUUCGGGCAAGUAGUGAUGGCAGAGGCUGUGGGAAUUGACAAAGACAAGCCCAAGGAGGCCAUCACUGUGGCCGUGAAGAUGUUGAAAGAUGAUGCCACGGAGAAGGACCUUUCUGACCUGGUGUCAGAGAUGGAGAUGAUGAAGAUGAUUGGCAAACACAAGAAUAUCAUCAACCUCCUGGGGGCCUGCACGCAGGAUGGGCCUCUCUAUGUCAUCGUUGAGUACGCUUCAAAAGGCAACCUUCGGGAAUACCUGCGAGCCCGGAGGCCACCUGGUAUGGAAUAUUCUUAUGACAUUAACCGUGUUCCUGAGGAGCAGAUGACCUUCAAGGACUUGGUGUCCUGUACCUACCAGCUGGCUCGAGGCAUGGAGUACUUGGCUUCCCAAAAAUGUAUCCAUCGAGAUUUGGCAGCCAGAAAUGUAUUGGUAACAGAAAACAACGUGAUGAAGAUAGCAGAUUUUGGCCUGGCCAGGGAUAUCAACAAUAUAGACUAUUACAAAAAGACCACAAAUGGGCGACUUCCAGUCAAGUGGAUGGCUCCUGAAGCCCUUUUCGAUAGAGUAUACACUCAUCAGAGUGAUGUCUGGUCCUUCGGGGUGUUAAUGUGGGAGAUCUUCACUUUAGGGGGCUCACCCUACCCAGGGAUUCCUGUGGAGGAACUGUUCAAGCUGCUCAAGGAAGGACACCGGAUGGACAAACCAGCCAACUGCACCAAUGAGCUGUAUAUGAUGAUGAGGGAUUGUUGGCAUGCGGUCCCUUCGCAGAGACCCACGUUCAAGCAGCUGGUGGAAGACUUGGAUCGAAUUCUCACUCUCACAACCAAUGAGGAAUACUUGGACCUCACUCAGCCUCUCGAACAGUAUUCUCCUAGUUACCCCGACACGAGAAGCUCUUGUUCUUCGGGGGAUGACUCUGUGUUCUCUCCGGACCCCAUGCCUUAUGAACCCUGCCUGCCUGAGUACCCACACAUAAAUGGCAGUGUUAAAACAUGAGCAACUGUGUCUUCCUGUCCCCCAAGGGGACAGUGCCAAGAACCCUAACGACACUGAGUAGGGAGGCUGUGCCUCCGAGAGCUUGUGGCCUCUGCUUGUAUAUAUGGAUCAGAGGAGUAAAUAAUGGGAAACGUAUUUGACACACAUGUAAAGAUUUAUACAGUUGGAAAAUUCGUCACCUUCACCAGGAGAGGAAGAAUGUUUUGGAUCAGUGGACAGCCAUCACCCUCUGACCCACCUUGUGUACUGGCUGCACCCCCCGGUUGAACUCAAGGCAGACACACAUUCUGCCUUCCUUGUUAAUUUUGUAAUAAUUGGAGAAAAUAUAUGUCAGCACACAUUUACAGAGCACAAAUGCAGUAUAUAGGUGCUGGAUGUAUGUAAAUAUAUUCAAAUUAUGUAUAAAUAUAUAUUAUAUAUUUACAAGGAAUUAUUUUUUGUAUUGAUUUUAAAUGGAUGUCCUGAUGUACCUAGAAAAUUGGUCUCUCUUUUUUAAAUAGAUAUUUGCUAAAUGGUGUUCUUAGAAUUUCUUAAUUUUCACCGAGCAGAGGUGGGAAAAAUACUUUUGCUUUCAGGGAAAAUG